AUGCACCGACGAGCAAAAGAAGAAUCCAGCUCUGAAACCAAUCCCAGGGCAGGUCAAAAUCCAUCUCUGGACCGAAGCCAAGAGAAGCUCCUCGUGAAAUUCUGCCAUGCCGAGCAGAUUCUCCAUGCGCUGGACUCCUACCGGCAGGAGGGCAUUUUCACGGACGUGGUACUCACGAUGGACGGGCAGGAAUUCCCAUGCCACCGUGCCACUUUGUCCGCCAACAGUGCAUAUUUCCGUGCAAUGUUUGCUGGCGGCCUGAAGGAAGGGCACCAAGACAUGGUUGAACUCCAGAAGAUCUCUGCGCCCACCAUGGGCCUCGUCUUGGACUACAUGUAUGGGAGGAACGUGAUCCUCCAAGAGGACAACGUGGAAGGCGUCUUGGAGCUGUCCAGCUUACUUCAAAUCCCCAAGCUCCAGGAAGCCUGCGUUGACUUUCUGGAAGAUCAGCUCCACCCUUCCAACUGCUUGGGCCUCAGGAGGUUCGCCGACACCUUUUCCAUCCCGUCCCUAGCCGAGAAAAGCAAGAGGGUGAUGCUGGAUGGCUUUGUAGAGGUGUCCCACCACGAGGAAUUCCUCGACUUGGAGGCUUGGGAGCUUGCAGAAUACCUGGCAGAUGAGCGGUUGGCUGCUCCGAAAGAGGAAGCGGUCUUCGAGGCUGCCAUGCGGUGGGUGCGCCAUGAUGCAGCCAUGAGGCAAGGGGCGCUGAGAGACCUCCUGGAGCAUGUCCGUCUCCCUCUCGUGGACCCCUGCUACUUCGUGGAGAAGGUGGAGACAGAUGAGCUCAUCCGGGCGUCCAAGGAGUGUCUCCCGUUGCUGCGGGAAGCCCGCAAAGGUUACCUCCUAGGCAACGAAGUUGGCUCUCCAUGGUCUCGUCCAAGAAGAUUCAUGGAAUUAGCAGAGAUGAUCGUGGUGAUUGGAGGCUGUGAUAAAAAGGCUCGCUUGAAACUCCCCUUCGUGGACGUGUUCCAUCCCGCGAGUGGAAAAUGGAAGCCGCUCGCCAGCAUGCCGGGAUACACCAAAUCAGAGUUUGCUGCCUGCGCUCUGAAGAACAAUGUGUACAUAUCAGGAGGUCACGUUGGAAGCAGAGAUGUUUGGAUGCUGAGCCCGAUGUGGAACGCCUGGAUCAAGGUUGCCUGCUUGAAGGAAGGCCGGUGGAGGCACAAAAUGGUCACUCUCCAGGGAAAGAUCUACGCAGUGGGUGGAUACGACGGCUUUGGCCGGCUUGACAGCGUGGAAUGCUAUGACCCUUUCUGCAACAUCUGGACAGCUGUGACCUCUCUGGUGCAAGCUGUAAGCUCGGCUGCUGUUGCGUCUUGUCUCGGCCGGCUGUAUGUGAUCGGGGGCGCGGUGGACAACAGUGCCAAUACCGAUAAGGUGCAGUGCUACGAUCCCGCGACCAAUCAGUGGAGUCUUCGGUCUCCCGCUCCUUUUAAUCUGAGGUGUAUCAGUGCCAUCACUUUGAACAACUUGAUUUAUGUCGCCGGAGGGCUUUUGAAGGAAAUCUUCUGCUACAACCCCCAAAAGGACACCUGGUGUGAAGUGGCAUCUCUGUGUGGACCUCUGGCGAGUUGUGGGGUGGCGGCUUCCACUGGCAAAAUCUACAUCCUGGGGGGCAGAGCCGAGAAUGGAGAAGGCACUGAGAAAGCGUUCGUUUUGGACGUCGCUCUGGGGAAAGUGAAACCCCAGCCCCCUCUCCCGCACUGUACCAGCGACCUCGUCUGCGUGACCAUCCUCCAGCAUGUGAGCAGAUAA